UCGACUUUUUGACCGUUCCUAAUGAGAAACUCAGAACUCCAUACUCCUUAAGCCCUGAAUUAGGAGAGAAGAGAUCCCCCAGAGGUUUGGCAAAGCGGGGAACAACCUUCCCCAGCUCACCCAAGGAUAAACCACCUGCUGUGGGAGAGAGAAGCUGGCAGAAAGCUGAUUGCUCAGUCUGUCUGGAGAAACCAACACUUGCAAGGACCAAAGCUGUGCAAACCCUCGCAGCUCAGCUUGAGAGCAGGACCAAAGCUUUUCACCAUCCAAAGGAGGUGACCUACCAAAAGGAGACCCAAAGUAUUUUUAGGAUGGAAUAAAAGCCAGAAGGAAGUGUAAAUCACAAGUGUGAUGCUCGUUGUCAUUAUGACAGCAAUGUGCAAAAUGGUUUGCAAAGGCCUGUCCCUCGCAGUUUGCUCGGCGGUGUGAGCAGCAGCCUUGAGGAUGGAGCAUCUCUUGCUGAAGCCACCGUGCCAUCUGUGCUAAGUUUCCCCUCCUGACCUCCUUUGUGAGUCUGGUGAGGGGAGGCAGGAGAUCCGAAGGUAAAUGCGGAAAAUGGACCAAAGCUGACAGAGAGCAAUGACUGAGAUCUAUUUCAAGUUCCACGGAAACCUGACGGGCCGUGUCCACCUUCCAACUCUGGCUACUGAAGUAGACACAACAGCAGACAAAUAUUCCGGCCUCUACGUGUAUGUGGGAUUGUUCCUCACCCUCCUGGCUCUCCUCCUGAUCCUGCUUUUCUCCAUGCUCCUGCGCCUGAAGCACGUUGUGUCCCCCAUCACCUCCCCGGAGAGCACCGAGAACGUGCAGCAGUUCACGGACGUGGAAAUGCACAGCAGGAUCCCCUCCACUUAGGGAGCCCACAGCAAAGAGGGCUCCGUGCUUGGCAAAGGUGUUUUCUUCAGCAAAAGGUGGUGGAGAGAAGCUCUGGCCGCCUGUUGAGCCCCACGAAUUCCUGCAGAACCCUCAGCAGCAUCUGGAGAUUGUCACUGGCUGUUGGCACCACAGGCAGCAUGUGUGCAGCAGCCUCCAUAAAAUCGACAUUACAGAAACACGCUGCUGUCAGGGAAGGCUCACACCCCUCUAAAAACCUUGCAGGAAAUGGGAAAAGCCACAUUAAUGACAGCCAAAAACCCAGAGAAACAUAGCAGGAUGUGUCCUGGGGCCUGUGCUUGCUGCCCUCUCUCUCUGAAUCAACAAAGCUGAAGUGGUGUAAGUGGGAAGAGCCCACGGGGCACACACAGAAAUUGUCAGUGGCUUGAAAAUUCUCAGGCAUUUCUCCCAUUCGAGAAGGAAAACAUGAAAUUGUUCUCUUUUUUCACUUGAAUGGCAAUUUGGAAAUUAAACAACAGAUUUUCACAAAUAUAGAAAUGUUUCAUCACCCGUUGGAACUCCUUCUUUCUGACAUUAGAAGCCAUUUAGUGAAUAGUUACACACCAGAUAUCAAAAAGAGACAGAACUUUAAAGAGGAAAGAGAAUAAAGCCAAAAUUUAAGGAAGGUUUAAAAUAAAAACAAGCAGCAGCAGCAGGAAAUGAAAUUAAAAAACUUAAAAGACACUCUACCUCUUCCUUUGUCCUCCUUUACAUUAACUGGGAUGAAUAUAAACAUUUUUAUGCCUUUUAGGGUCCCCAGUAUCACUCAGUAAUUAAAAUGCAGUGUAAGUUUUGGGAGCCCAAUUGACAUAAUUCAUAACAACAAUAAUAUGUUCUCUCAUAUCCAUAUUGGGUUUUCUUCCUCAAAAGACAGACAAAUUCUUCCAAAGUUUUUCUCAUUUGUUUUCCUCCAAGGAAAGCUGAGGAAAUGCCCUGGCCUGGCACUGCAAUAAGGAAUAGUGGGAACAGCUUUGGACACAGACUAAUAGAGAACAUGCAGAUGGAAAAUAAACCCACUGAGCACUGAAAGAUAUGAUUGGAUUCAAAUAUCCUGAUGGAAUCUCACGGGGGAAGGAAAUGUUUAUCUGAAUUUAUGGCACAACAAUCUGACCCAGUCCAAUGAGUGACACACAGAGUUAGGGUUUGCUUCUGUGGAUGGAAAAGAUGGAGCCAAAUACAGCAAAUCACUCCUGGGAGAGCCACUGCCUCUCACAGGAAAACCUUCAGUGAAUUGUGUCAGCCACAUCUCUAAAGGGCAGGAAUUUUACACAGCUAAUACUCUUUAUUACAGUCUAGGUCAGCAAUAAAACCCCCUGGAUGUUUUCCACUUGUACAUACACUCUUAUUUGCCAAUCCUCCUCUCUCCAAGGGCUUGGAAAGUGUAAAGUCCUCACACAAACCCAGUGCAAAAUUAGAGAAGACAGCAUCACAUGGACCUGUGACAGCAGCAGGAAAUUUUUCUUCAAAUGCUCUGUGUACAAGAGGGUUUUUGGUUACCUUUAAAGCUCUGGGUGAGCUGUUUGGAUGGGAAUAUCUGGGCUUUUACAGGUGGUAGCCAGGGGGGAAGCAGAAUGACAAGUAACAUACGCAGAAUCCAUGGGCAGGACCAGUGCUACUUCUGACUGAUGUAUUGAGUACAAAACCAGUUAAACAUUGCUUCUCUGUACUGACUCAUUCCUUUUUACUUCAUUAACCCCCACAUCUGUGAAUCACAGAAUCCCAG